ACCAAAAACACAACCCAGAAACCACUAAAAAACAACCCACAAUGACGAGACCACUACACAAAGACAAAACCAAACGCCAACUCGUUUACUCUAUUCCUCCUCUUGCAUCAAAUUCUUUGUUUUUCCAAUUUAUCAAAUUCUUUAAUCUUCUUUUGUCAGCACACACAUUUACAGAUGCAUAAAGAAAUUGACUAAAAGGCACUAUUUGCGAAAGCAGAAAAGGUGGCCAUUAGCCCCAUAACUUUCAUUUCCUUAUCAAUAAAAAACUAAAAAAGGCAAAGAGCAAACCAAGAAAAAUAUUCUUUCCUUUUCGUUUCCUUUACUUCCUUCCACAACCCAGUUUCAGUUCUCUUAAAUUCACCGUGUGAAUUGAAGGAUUAAGGGAGAAAAAUGGCGACUUUGGGAGAUAUAGGGGUGUCUGCGGUGAUAAAUAUACUUACUGCUUUUGCAUUCUUGCUGGCUUUUGCUUUGCUCAGAAUUCAGCCCAUCAAUGACAGAGUUUAUUUCCCCAAAUGGUACAUUACUGGCAAGAGGACCAAUCCCAGGAGCGGUGGUGGUGUUGUGGGAAAAUUUGUCAAUCUCAAUUUCAAGACUUAUCUCACUUUUCUCAAUUGGAUGCCUCAGGCUUUAAAAAUGAGUGAAGAUGAGAUUAUUAGCCAUGCUGGGCUUGAUUCUGCUGUUUUCCUGCGGAUUUAUACUCUUGGCUUGAAAAUAUUUGGACCAAUAGCUCUCGCAGCACUUCUGGUUCUCAUUCCAGUGAAUGUAUCAGGAGGAACUUUAUUCUUUCUGCGCCGUGACUUGGUUGUCAGCAACAUUGACAAGCUUUCAAUAUCAAACAUUCGUCCCAAGUCUUAUAAGUUUUUUAUCCACAUAUCAAUGGAGUAUUUGUUUACUUUUUGGACUUGCUACAUGCUUUAUAAGGAAUAUGGAAGAGUUGCAUCAAUGCGGUUAAAAUUUUUGGCUUCCCAAGGCAAGCGUGCUGAACAAUUCACGGUUCUUGUUAGGAAUGUGCCACGUGUUUCUGGGCGCUCAAUAUCGGAUAGUAUUGAGAACUUCUUUAAGAGGAACCAUCCAGAUCAUUAUCUCUGUCACCAGGCUGUGUACAACGCAAAUAAGUUUGCUAGACUUAUCAGAAAAAGAGACCGGCUUCAAAAUUGGCUGGACUACAACCAACUCAAGUUUGAGAGGCAUUCAGAGAAGAGGCCAACUAGUAAGAAAGGUUUCCUCGGACUCUGGGGUAAAAAAGUUGAUUCCAUUGACUUCUACAAAGGGCAAAUUAAGGAGCUUGAUAAAGAAUUGACGAUGGAACGCCAAAGAAUUCUGAAAGAUGCUAAAGCGAUCAUUCCCACUGCCUUUGUGUCAUUCAAUUCUAGAUGGGGAGCAGCUGUUUGUGCACAAACACAACAGAGCAAGAAUCCCACAUUGUGGUUAACAAAUUGGGCCCCCGAACCCAGGGAUGUAUACUGGAAGAAUCUGUCUAUACCAUUUGUUUCUCUUAGCAUUCGGAAACCCAUCAUAUCUGUAUUGGUGUUUGCAUUGGUCUUCUUUUACAUGAUCCCAAUUGCUUUUGUACAAUCAUUGGCAAAUCUGGAGGGGUUGGAGAGGGUUGCUCCUUUUCUCAGACCGCUGAUCGAAUGGAACUUUGUCAAGUCUUUCCUACAGGGUUUCCUUCCUGGUCUGGCGCUUAAAAUCUUCUUAUACAUUCUUCCUGCAAUUUUAAUGAUUAUGUCAAAAAUAGAGGGACACGUGGCAAUAUCAGUACUAGAAAGGAGAACAGCUGCAAAAUAUUACUACUUCAUGCUCGUUAAUGUUUUCUUGGGGAGCAUAGUGACGGGAACAGCAUUCCAGCAACUUCAUGCCUUCCUUCACCAAUCAGCUACCCAGAUCCCAAGAAACAUUGGAGUCUCAAUUCCCAUGAAAGCCACUUUCUUUAUCACAUACAUAAUGGUCGAUGGGUGGGCUGGGAUUGCUAGCGAGAUUCUCCGAUUGAAACCUCUAGUGAUUUUCCACCUGAAGAACAUGUUUAUUGUAAAAACUGAAAGAGACCUAGAGAGGGCCAUGAACCCCGGAGGCGUUGAUUUUCCCGAGACUCUCCCGAGUCUUCAAUUGUAUUUCCUUCUGGGCAUUGUGUAUAUGGUUGUUACCCCGAUCCUUCUUCCUUUUGUACUGGUCUUCUUUGCCUUUGCAUACUUCGUUUAUCGUCAUCAGGUCAUUAAUGUAUAUAACCAACAUUAUGAAAGCGCUGCUGCCUUUUGGCCACAUGUUCAUGGACGCAUAAUAGCUAGCUUACUAAUAUCACAGCUGCUGCUAAUGGGCUUAUUGAGCACAAAAAAAGCUGCAAAUUCCACUCCUUUACUCGUUGUGUUACCUAUUUUGACUUUGACCUUCCACAAGUACUGCAAGAAUCGCUUUGAACCUGCAUUCAGAAGGUAUCCUCUUGAGGAGGCAAUGAACAAAGACAUGGAAGAUCGUGCUUCUGAAUCUGAUGCCAAUUUAAAAUCUUACUUGGCUGAUGCAUACUUACAUCCGAUUUUUAACUCCUUUGAAGAAGUUGAAUUGGUUGAAGUCAGAGUUGAAAAAAGCCAGGUUCACAUUCCGAGCCCUUCUCCAAGUGAUCCUAGCUCUCCCUCCCCUCGUCGUGCCUACCAUCAUGAAGAUGAGCCGUCUUAUGAUGUCAAUCGCUAUGAAGUCGAAGAACCACAAACGGCAUAUCACUAUGAAGUCGAACAACAUCAAACAGCAUAUCACCAUGAAGUCGAAUCAUACAGUAACAUGUUUCAGUAUGAUACUGAAUCAAACCAUGAUGUCUAUCGCUAUUAAAGUUUGAUCUUUAUUAGAUUGGUAAGCAUUUCAUUCCAGUGUAAAGUCCUAAUUGUGGGCUUGGUGUGUUGGAGUGUACCAUGUUGGACAGGAUUAUAGGAGAACAAGUUAAAUUCUAGCUGUCUAGGUGACUGACUAUUGUAAUCAUAGAUAGAGCUUAACAUUGUUUGCCUACUCAAGUAUGCUUCUUUUAUGUUGUAGUUUUUGUCGGUGUAAAUGUAUCUUCGAUGUGCUCUUUAUGUUACGGAGAAACUAGAGUUUCUUGGCUGAAUCUGUUGAUAGAACUGGUUUUGAAGGCCUGGUUCUUCGCUUUAAUGAACCUAUGGAAGGACCGUGAUUAAGGCGAAAAAAGAACAGCCACAAAAAGAUAGUGUUCUAUGAGUUGUAUGAUGCAGGUUUGGUUGCAGUUGACA